UAUAGAGAGCAUGUAAAAAAAAAAUCUGAAAAAAGAAACGAAGCUACAACAAUAAAACAACAGACAUCGAAGGAACGUUGAUUUUCAUGAUAGCUGGCAUAAAUAAACAACAGGCAAAGAUUAUUUUAAUAUUUUUGUAUUGUAUCUCUAUAAAUAGUGAGGGCAUUGCAUGAAGUUAAACUACAACUUAGGCAGAAGCUAGCAAACCAACAAUGGUUAUGACAACUCUCUUAAGCUUCUGCUUCCUUUACCUUGUAGCACUUGCAAAUUUGUUUGCUCUAACGAGCGCUGCAAUCCCUGCAAAGCACUUUCAUGCUCCAUUUAAUCGAACCAGCUUUCCUCCUGAUUUUGUUUUUGGCGCUUCAUCAGCUGCUUACCAGAUUGAAGGAGAAGCGCUUAAAGGGGGAAGAGGACCUAGCAUAUGGGAUACUUUUACUCGCCAGCACCCAGAAAAGAUCUUUGACGGUUCUACUGGAGAUGUCGCUGUUGAUUUCUAUCAUCGGUAUAAGGAAGACAUUCGGCUGCUUAAGGAAGUGGGAUUGAAAGCUUUCAGGAUGUCUAUCUCUUGGUCUCGGAUUUUACCAUAUGGGAAGGUCAGCAAAGGAGUGAAUCCAGAAGGCAUCAAAUUCUACAAUGAUGUCUUCAACGAGCUAAUUGCUAAUGGUAUAACACCUUAUGUGACUCUAUUCCAUUGGGACACACCACAAGCCCUUGAAGACGAAUAUCGAGGGUUUAUGAGCUCUGAAAUAGCGAAAGACUAUGGUGACUAUGUUGACGUUUGCUUCAAAGAAUUUGGGGAUCGGGUGAAGUACUGGAUCACUAUGAAUGAGCCACUUUCUUACAGCUUGAAUGGAUAUACAAAAGGAACCUUUGCACCAGGAAGAUGUUCUAAAUAUGUAGGGAACUGCACAGAGGGUAACUCUGGAACUGAGCCAUACAUUGUGGCUCACAAUUUGCUUCUAGCCCAUGCAACCGGUGUUAAGGUUUAUAAAGAAAAAUAUCAGAAAACUCAGAAAGGCCAGAUAGGAGUUACUCUGGUCACUCACUGGUUUGUGCCCAAAAUCAACACACUUCAAGGACGCAAGGCCCAACUAAGAGCUCUUGACUUUAUGUUGGGAUGGUUUUUGGAUCCAAUAACAUAUGGUGAGUACCCAGAUAGCAUGAGAGCUAUGGUAGGGCAUCGGCUCCCAAAAUUCACACCUGAGCAAUCAAAUUUAGUCAAAGGGUCAAUGGAUUUCUUAGGGGUUAAUUACUAUACCACAUACUAUGCUUCUCCAUUGCUUUCCAUUAAUAGAGUUAACCUUAGUUACUCCACGGACAAUCACGCUGAUCUUUCUCCACUAAAGGACGGAAAACCUAUUGGCACGCCGACGGCCUUGGAUUGGCUUUUCAUUUACCCAAGAGGAAUCUAUGGUCUUAUGCUUCACAUCAAGGAAAAAUAUAAUAAUCCUCCCAUCUACAUCACCGAAAAUGGAAUGGCAGAAGCCAAUAAUAGCACUAUGUCACUUAAAGAAUCUCUUAAUGACGACAUGAGGAUAAAGUAUUAUGAGGGCCAUCUAUGGUUUCUAUCAAAAGCAAUAAAGGCUGGAGUAAACGUAAAAGCACAUUUUGUGUGGUCAUUCUUAGAUGACUAUGAGUGGGAUGCUGGUUUCACUGUUCGAUUUGGCCUCACUUUUGUUGACUACAAGAAUGGACUGAAACGAUACCAUAAGAAAUCGGCUUACUGGUACAAGAAGUUUUUAUUGUAUACCGGCCAUUAAAUAAUAUCUCUCUUUCAAAUAGCUCUUCAGCUUUCUACAAGAAGGAAAAUUGCUUUUAAUUUAGAGGGGCUUCUCUAUGGAUGUGCUUUUUUCUAUGUAAGGAUUGUUGCCCUCUGGGUUGACAGAAAAAUAGUGUCCUUUACUUUGUGUCUUGAGAAAUAAGAUGGGAGCACCUCCCUAUUUGUUAUGCA